GAGGAUGAAGUGGUGGAAAGAACAAACGUCCAUAAUGUGUUGUCUAGCAUUAUUGAUCGUUUGUGUGGGUGUGUCUGUUUUCGUUGUUUCCCACUUUCCAAAUCACAUCCAACGUGAAUCCGUCAUUCAACUUGAUUGAAGUAUCCAACGAAAAUUCAAACACACACUAACCUUACUGAGUGUGUUCAUUGGGAACUGGUUCAUUCCACACAUUUUAUUUAAGCCAAAAAAACCCACAAUUUCUCUUAGUGUGUGCUUUUUUGUUGAAAUUGUUGUUUCUUCCUCUGAGUUCCAACUUUCACCUCAGCCAAAUACACAACAAAAUGGGGUUUCAGAAGAUAAGGGUGGGCAACCCCAUCGUCGAAAUGGAUGGGGAUGAAAUGACCCGAGUGAUUUGGAAACUGAUAAAAGAUAAGCUUAUUUUCCCUUAUUUGGAGCUGGAUAUUAAGUAUUUUGACCUUGGCCUUCCUCAUCGCGAUGCCACUAAUGAUAGAGUUACUAUUGAAAGCGCUGAAGCUACACUCAAGUAUAAUGUAGCUAUCAAAUGUGCUACUAUAACUCCAGAUGAAGCUCGUGUCAAGGAGUUUAACUUAAAACAAAUGUGGAGAAGUCCAAAUGGGACGAUCCGAAACAUUUUAAAUGGUACAGUUUUUAGAGAGCCAAUUAUCUGUAAGAACAUUCCUCGUCUUGUUUCAGGAUGGACAAAGCCAAUAUGCAUUGGAAGACAUGCUUUUGGAGACCAAUAUCGGGCAACUGAUACAGUUAUAAAAGGCCCAGGAAAGCUAAAAUUGGUUUUUGCACCCAGUGGAAAUGAAGGCAUUAAAGAGCUAGAGGUCUAUAACUUUACUGGUGCUGGAGGCAUAGCUUUGUCCAUGUAUAAUACUGAUGAGUCCAUUCGAGCUUUUGCUGAGGCUUCAAUGAACUUUGCUUACCAGAAGAAAUGGCCUCUCUAUCUUAGCACUAAAAAUACCAUUUUAAAGAAAUAUGAUGGAAGAUUCAAGGACAUUUUCCAGGAAGUUUUUGACACCCAAUGGAAUCACAAGUUCAAAGCUGCAGGGAUAUGGUAUGAACACCGUCUUAUAGAUGAUAUGGUUGCUUAUGCUCUCAAAAGUGAUGGAGGUUAUGUAUGGGCCUGCAAGAAUUAUGAUGGUGAUGUGCAGAGUGAUUUCUUAGCUCAAGGAUUUGGUUCACUUGGCUUGAUGACGUCAGUACUGGUUUGCCCAGAUGGGAAAACCAUUGAAGCAGAGGCAGCCCAUGGCACUGUUACCCGUCAUUAUCGGGUUCAUCAGAAGGGAGGUGAAACCAGCACAAACAGUAUUGCUUCAAUUUUUGCCUGGUCGCGAGGUCUUGCACAUAGGGCAAAAUUGGAUGGAAAUGCUAGAUUGUUGGACUUCACAGAGAAACUGGAAGCAGCUUGCAUUGGAACAGUUGAAUUGGGAAAGAUGACAAAGGAUCUUGCACUUCUUGUUCAUGGACCUAAGGUUUCUAGAUCCCAGUAUUUGAAUACUGAAGAGUUCAUUGAUGCCGUAGCCGAGGAGCUGCGAACAAGAUUAUCUUCACAAUCGAAGCUGUAAUGUUCAAAAUGAGUGUGCCCAAUAAAUGUUCUCCAUUUCCUUCAUUUUUCCUUUUUCUUUCUUGAAGGAGGGAAAUUCUAUUGCUUGAGUUAAACAUUUUAGAGCAAUAAGGUCACCAAAAUUCUGAUGCAUCACUUAUUGCAUGUUGCUUCCUUCAGCCAUAAGAACUCAACAUUUGAAGAACUCAUACCAUGUACCACAAAAUCAAUACUAUCUUUUCAUUGUCAAAACAACAGUGCUACUUUGGAAGUCCUUACAACAAUAUUAAAGACAUUGUAAAAAAAAAUAGGGAAAAAAAGCAUCUUCGAAUGAAUUUACAUGUCUGUUUACAAUCUAUAUUUCUCAGGGAUGUCUUCAAUUUUCUUUAGGGAAAGAGGAGGUGGAGGCGACAGUUUGUACUGUAUAUUCUUGUCAAAGAAAUAUAUUUUUUAACAGAA